UUCAUGAACACAGCAGGUGUGGUAAAAAUAGAUAAUCUACUUUCUGUUUUGAAGCGGAGAGACUACAGCAGCCAUGUUGUUGACAGAAGCUGGCUGUGUGUUUAUGGGUUUCAUUCUGUGCAUCUCAGGGGUUCAGGGACAAGCAAACAUUUGUGCCUUAAAAGGUUCAUCAGUGGAUCUGCCCUGCUCAGCUCAACAUCACACUUCAAGCUUGAAAUGGUUCACUGUACACUGGGAUGUAUCCAAACAUGUUCUCAAAGAGCUCUCUGCAGAUGGAAAUCAUGUAAAGUACAAAAUGUCUGAAAAACGUAACUACACUCUAACAAUCAAAGAUCUGACAGAGAGUGAUACAAAUAAGGUUUACUGCUGUUCGGAGAGUGCAGAAUACAUGCAAUCCUGCUCACAAAGUGAAGUCUUCCUCCAUGUUGCAGACCUGCAGGUGAAGGUGAUUCCUGCCACAGAGGGACAGACAGUAUCACUGAUUUGUGGCUCCAGCUGUCCUCUGACUGAAAACCCUGCAGCCUACAUCUGGUACAAGAACAGAGAGUUUCUCUAUCAGGACUGGUCUCCCUGGUACCAACAGCUGGUCAGCAGUGAGGAAGCAGUCAGAUACUCCUGUGCUGUCAAAGGCUACGAGCAUCUCAGAGCUCCUGAAGUCUCAGUGGAUUCUGUCACAUCGACCUGUUUUACUGUGACCUACGCUAAAGGAAGAAUGUGCUCUGAAAAGCAGACAUCAGUGGAUGAGUCCUGCUCCAUCACAUAUCCCAGAGGUUAA